UGACUGAUGCGUCAACCGGCCAAUGAGCGGUGGGAUUACGGCUCCUCAGCGGUAGUGCACGUACAGCUGAUUUGCAACCCGCCGAAGCAACAGCAGAGAAGAAGGAAAAAUGUCGCUGGCUUCGACGCGGACCGUUCUAGGAUCAGUGUCGUUUUAGGAAAACUCAGACGGCGAUUCGGUGAGUGGCACAGCCGUCACUAGUUGAAUCCAAGAAUGAAACCUGUGCUGUGGUGUUGCCAUGAAAGAUUAUUCCCUUUAUGAAUCUGUACAAAGUGAAAUGUGCUAACAGUUUUAAUGCGGGAGGUUUUACCUUGUUUACAGAGAGAGAGUGAGCUUACCUUCCCCUUUUGUCAGGUCAGCUUUAAGCAUAGCCAUUUGAAAAAAGGAGGGUAUACUGUAACACUACAUGGGCCUCUAGCGUGUCCUGAUCCGAUAAUUACAGCCCCUGGAGCCUCCUCCCUCAGCUAGAAAGGUAAAAUUUCAGCAAAGACAUGGACCCAUCUACUAGGGUGGUGGGUCUGGAUGCCCAGGGCAACAUGGUUUUCACGGUGGUAAAGCCAGUUAUGGGCAUCUUUCAGGUUUCCUCAGAGCAAGCUGGCAGUGUAGGACAAGGGGGAAUGGGUCUGCAGGGUUUAUCUGAAAACACAUUGGUCCUCCCUCAAGUACAAGACCAGACUCCACUAGACCAGAACCAGGUGGAAAUGCACACCAUACAGCCUCAUAUUCAGCCCCAGAUGCACGUUUCUGCCCCGGUCCAGACUGAGGAUGUGCCCCAGAAUCAGGAGCCACCACCAAACUCAAGCACAAAUUCAGGGUCCGGUACCCAGAUGCCAUUUGCAGAGGUGUCGUCACUCCUUGAUCCCAACAUGAAAGGUUCUAAGGCUCGGAAGUAUCUCAUCUCGUACGAUGAAAUCAAACGGCGCCUGCAGGCUCCAGAGAAGAUGUCCCUGCGCUCCUUGGCAGCGUACACUCGGGUCAGCAGAGGCCCAGCCAGCAAGAAAACACUUCUAGAGUCGCUUAAUGUACUCGGCCUCACGCCAAGCACAACUACCUCUGUAUCCUCCUCGUUCUCCAAACUCACUGAAGGUGACACUGGUGCUUUGUGUGAUGACAUGAAAGAUUUCGCCCAUGACUACAUUGACUACUGCAACAUGGCUAAACAGCUCAUUCCAGAGACAAAUACAGUUCAACACUGGUCCAAAAUUAUUGAAACUAAGAACCACCUUGAGGAUAUGAGAAAAUGUUUCAAGGACCCAGUCAACAGUGGUGCAUUUGACAACGUCACUCAUGGCCUCGGUCUGGGAAUGUUAGAUGUAGCGCUGGACAUGAUCAUUAUGGUAAUUGAACAGCAGAUUCGCAUCUUGUCUGGUGCAGCGGCAUCAGACCCAGCAGACUCUGGUCCGCCAAUGCGGCGUACCCGCAGGCGUCACCGCAAAACCCGCUCAGCUGACAUCGAGAAGCCUUACAGGGUGGCGGGAGGGGUCAAAGAGCAAGGGAAGAUCAUUUCAAAAGGCAAGGGGCGAGGCAAGGCCAAGAAGAAAAUCAGACAGGAAACUGGAGAUGUUGGUCCUGUGGAAACCCAAGCAGAGCAGUGCAAGCCAGAUGAUGUGGAGAGUAACGUCCUAACCCUGGUUUCUGUGGGUUAUGAGACUGUUUCCAGUGGUCUCACUGCAGACGGAACUGUUUGACACCUGGUCGCAUGACAGAUCUUUGGAACCAAUCAGUGUCCCAUCCAAAGGGGAUACUCAGCAAUGGGACACAAGCUCUGCACAAGCAGAGCUGGGUUGAGGUCUUGUGAAGGCGAUCACAGUUGUGGUGAGCCGAACAUCAUAGUAUAUCACAGUUUGGAAUCCACCCUUAAAGGGACUAGUCCGACGUUUUGGGAAAUGCGCUUUUUCGCUUCCUUUCUAAGAUUCAGGUGAGAAGAUUGAUACCACUCUCACGUCUGUACGGUAAAUAUGCAGCUGGAACCAGCAAGUGGUUAGCUUAAGUUAGCAUCAAGACUAGAAACGGGGAAACAGCUAGCCUGGCUCUGUCUAAAUGUAACAAAAUCUGCCUACCAGCAACUGUGAAGCUCACCAAUUAAUACAUCUCAUUUGUUUAAAGGUGCUAUAUGUAAGUUUUUGCCAUCGCUACAUAGCCAAUGUUAGCAUUAACAGCUAUUUACUUACCAGUCUAAACUUCUUUCA